AUGGCAUCCUCUUCAAAUCAUACCAACCUCAGAGACAUCUGGUACACCAUGAUUGGGAUCCUGGGACUGGAAGAUGUACACAUAUGGCUCUCCAUCCCCAUCUAUUCCAUGUACAUAGUGGCCAUUACAGGGAAUACACUCUUGAUAUUCCUGAUUGUCACUGAACACAGUCUUCAUGAACCCAUGUACCUUUUCCUCUCCAUGCUGGCCAUGGCUGAUAUUGUUCUCUCCACAGUGACGGCUCCAAAAGUGCUUGCCAUCUUUUGGCUCAAAGCUGGAAGCAUUUCUUUUGCUAGUUGUGUUUCUCAAAUGUUUUUUCUCCACUUUAUGUUUGUGGAAGAGUCUGCCAUAUUGCUGGCCAUGGCAUUUGACCAUUAUGUGGCCAUCUGCUAUCCCCUAAAAUAUACCACCAUUCUAACUCCAUCUGUCAUUGGAAAAAUGGGCAUUGCCUCUGUGACUAGGAGCUUCUUCAUCUGCUUCCCUUUGGCCUUUCUUAUUUAUCAGCUCACGUACUGUGGGAGGAACAUCAUUCAACACUUAUACUGUGAGCACAUGGGCAUUGCCAGGCUGGCCUGUGACAGCAUCAAAGUCAACAUUUACUAUGGAAUGACACUGCCUCUAUUUUCUAUAGGCCUAGACGUGCUGCUCAUCAGGGUCUCGUACAUGCUCAUCCUUCCUGCCGUAUUUAGAAUUCUUUCCUGGGAUGCUCCACUCAAGGCUCUGCGUACCUGUGGCUCCCAUGUCUGUGUCAUUCUCCUAUUCUACACACCAUCCCUCUUUACCUUCUUUGCUCACCGUUUUGGGGAGCACAGCAUUCCUCUCCAUGUGCACAUCCUCUUUGUGAACCUCUAUGUGGUGGUACCACCCACUCUCGACCCCAUCAUCUAUGGAGUUAAGACCAAACAAAUCCAGGGGAGGGCUGCUCAGGUCUUUUCUUUUGGCAAAACAUUUUGUUGA